AUGGACUAAGAGAGUGUUUUCGAUCUAUCUUCUUUAUCAGAUUUUCGAUCAGAUUAAGGUCUACAAUAAUUGUAUAUUGUUAGAGGAAGAUCUGAAUAAUUAUAGGAAUAAAGCAAAUUGGUGAAGGAACACUUACAAAGCUUAAAUAAUGAAAAUAAUGGAGGCUUCACUAAUCCUUUGAAAUCUUUGGUUAGUAAAUAGAAGAAUAGAUUCAUUAUGGAUGGGUUUGAUUUAGAUUUGACAUGUACAUUUUUAAACUUAAAUUCCAGACAUCACUGAAUAAGUGAUUGCUAUGGGGUUUCCAGCAAUAGACUAUGAAGCUAUUUAUAGAAAUUCUAUGGAAGACGUUCAAAGGUUUUUCAAUUAGAGACAUAAGAACCAUUACAAGAUUAUUAAUUUAUGUUCAGAAAGAAAAUAUGAUCAUGCUUACUUUGAUGGUAAUAUUUCAGAAUAUCCCUUUGAUGAUCAUUAAGCACCUUAAUUUCAUAUGAUUUAUGAAUUAUGUGCUGAAAUCCACAAUUAUGUAACCUAAGAUAAAUAGAAUGUUGUUGCUAUUCAUUGUAAAGCAGGCAAAGGUAGAACAGGAAUAAUGAUUUGUUGUUAUCUUCUUUUCUCAGAGUUGUUUAAAAGUAGCUUUGAAGCAAUGAGAUAUUAUGGCAUGAUGCGAACUAAAAAUAAUAAAGGAGUUACUAUACCUUCUUAAAUCAGAUACAUAUUAUAUUUUGAGAAGGCUCUCCAAAUGGGGUAUACAGUUCAUGAUGUACCUUAACCUAAAAUUUAAAUUUUAUAAAUUCGCCUUAUUACUAUACCAUCAAUGAAUUACUCAAAUUCAUGCAAUCCUUAUAUUGUCAUUCAAAAUUAUCAAAAUUAAGCCACUUUCACUAAAUUUCAAAUUGUAAAUGAUAGUUUUAUUUUAUUUACUGUUGACAUAAUAGUUUAAAAAGAUACACGUAUUAUUUGUUAUAAUAAAUCAUUGAUGGGCAAAGAAGUUAUGUUUUAAUUUUGGUUUCACUCUGGCUUUAUAGAAUCUAAUGGAUUAUUAGUUAUUGAUAAGUAUAUGCUAGAUAGAGCAGUUAAAGAUAAAAAACACAAGAUUUUCUCACCCAACUUUAGAGUGGAAGUACAAACUAUUACACUACCAAAUUGA